AUGUCUAAUCCAAAGUUCACGACCGCCGAAGGUCAUCCCAUUCCAGACCCCUCUGUCAGCCUUACACUACCUACAAUUGGAGGCGGUGGCAUCACCACACUCGGUGACACAGUCCUCCUUGAGACGCUUGCACACUUUAAUCGUGAACGCAUUCCUGAACGUGUUGUUCACGCCAAAGCCUCCGGAGCGUGGGGAGAGUUUGAAGUCACCAAUGAUAUCUCUAAAUACACAUCUGCCAAAUUCCUCAACGGUGUUGGCAAGAAGACUCCAGUGCUCUGGCGACUGAGUACCACUGCUGGUGAACGCGGUGCGGCAGAUACCGUCCGUGAUGUUCGAGGUUUUGCUGUCAAGUUCUUCACAGAGGAAGGUAACCAUGACAUAGUUGGAAAUCACAUUCCUGUGUUCUUUGUCCGUGACCCGAUCAGAUUCCCAUCCCUCAACCGAAGCCACAAGCGAGACCCUGCAACGAACCGUCCAGACUGGACUAUGUUCUGGGACUUUCAUGUCAAUCAACCAGAAAGUGUCCACGCUUUGAUGCACCUUUUCGGCUCUCGUACAGUCCCGGACUCUAUCCGCCGCAUUACAGGUUUCGGUGUACAUACCUUCAAGCUCGUCGCAGCAGACGGCAAGAUACGCUACUGCAAAUUCCACUUCAAGCCUACAGCUGGCGUCACUUCAUGGUCAUCACAUGAUGCCACUCGUAUGGCCGGUGUGAAUCCCGACUUCCACGGUCAGGAUCUCUGGGAUGCCAUUGCUCGCGGAGAGUACCCGGCCUGGAAACUCUACUUGCAGGUGAUGGAGCCUGAACAAGCUGAGAACUACGGCAGGGCUCUUUUUGAUAUCACCAAAGUCUGGUCUCACAAGGACUUCCCCUUGAUUGAAGUUGGUCAAAUGACACUGAAUAAAAAUCCCGAAAACUACUUUGCUGAGAUUGAACAAGCCGCCUUCAGCCCUGCGAACAUGGUCCCCGGUAUCGCCAUGACACCGGAUCCCAUGUUGCAAGCGCGUAUGUUUGCCUAUGCUGAUGCCGCCCGAUACCGUCUCGGUGUCAAUUACACACAACUUCCCCCUAACCGAGCCAUCUGCCCCGUCUUCGCCCCCUUUGAGCGUGACGGAUAUGGAACUAUUACUCGUAACUACGGUGGUGAACCCAACUACGUGCGCAGCACAUUGAGUACCGGCCGUGUCAGCCAACAAGCUGUGUAUAACACGCCCAUCACCGAGCGCAUUGAGCGUAACGCGAUCUUGGCCCAGAAUGAAAUUCAGGUUGACGACGACGACUAUAUCCAGCCACGCAAGUUCUGGAUUCGAGUCAUGGACGAUAAUGAGAAGAGGUUAUGGAUAGCCAAUGUUGUGGAGACAUUGGAGACUGUUCCUCCUCAAUUACGGGAUGCUGUCGCGGCCAUGUUCAGCAAUGUUGAUGCCCGUAUUGGUGAAGCUUUGACCGCUAAAGCCAGGAAUAACGCCCAUAUAUAACUGAUACGAGGUCUCUUAUAGUAUUUCUGAUUUAUAGGAAGGGUCUUUUUUUCAUGGACUUGGUGUUUCGAGUUGGGGCUUUUCUUUUCUCCUUCUAUUGUGCUUGCAAGGAUAAAUCAUGACACCUUUAACGGGAAAGAUAUAAUUACUAUCACUAUAUAUUCAGGAAUAAAAUCUGAUCUGAACCU